GAUCGUCCUGUUCAUACUUCACCAUCCUUCGAUCGGCAUUCAUACUCACUCAUAUCAUCUUUGUCACAUAUUCCCGUACAGGAUGAAGUCUUUCGCUGUCACUGGCCUUUUGGCCUCCACUGCUGCGGCUUUCCCAGCCGCAGUACUCAAUGCCAUUGCGGAUGGAUCGCUCAAGGCUCCUGCAGAGCUGACUGCGAGGGCUGCUAUUGCAUCGCCGCAAGGUGUGGGCGCCCUUCCACUGACGCCUCCACCAUUCGACGCCGCAGCACAGUAUGUCAGCAACCAAGGCGAUAACAAGUUCAUCGCACCUGGGCCUGGCGACGAGCGCGGAGAAUGUCCUGGACUCAACGCCCUUGCCAACCAUGGCUACCUUCCUCGCAAUGGUAUCGCUACCAUCCAGCAGCUGGUCGAUGCCACGGAGAAAGGGUUCGGAAUGGCCAGGGAUUUGGGAGGUUUCCUCGCCCUGUACGGUGCUAUUGUCGAUGGAAACGGCCGUGGCUGGUCCAUCGGAGGAGUGCCACGCACUGGAAUCCUUGGAUCGCACAACAACUACGAGACCGACAGCUCGCCCUUGAAGAGCGAUCUGAGCCAAUAUGGCAGCAACACGAAACUCGUCAUGUCCCAGUUCUUCAGUCUGUACAACCGUCAGCCAGACGCAAGCACCGCCAACUACAAUCUCGAAGUCUUGCGUGACUUCCGCAAGGAGCGAUACUACGAGUCCAUCGCCAAGAACCCAAACUUCGCUUAUUUGCCCUUCAGUGGUAUUGAGGUGUCCCAGGCCGCCUUUACCUUCAUCUACCGAUUCAUGGCGAACAAGUCGGCCGAAAACCCCGAGGGUAUCCUCAACAAGGAGGUCUUGAAGAGCUUCAUGUCCAUCUCUGGUCCAGAGGACAACCUGAAAUGGACCCCAGGAAACGAGAGAAUCCCAGACAACUGGUACAAGCGCAACCCAUCAGACGAAUACUCUGUCCCAUACUUCGAGGCCGACAUCCUCUACUUUGCCGAGACUGUCCCAGAAGUCCUUGGACUCGGCUGCAACAAGGGUGCUGUCAACACCUUCUCUCCCAUCGACCCAUCCCAGCUCACAAGUGGUGCGUACACUGCUCAGCAGAUUGCUAAGAGCCCACUUUGCUUCGCUGCGGCUUUCGCAAAGGUUGAGAUUCCUCUGAUUACCGGCCUUGCUACUUCCUCUCUCGGCCCACUCAACACCCUGCUCGAUGGCCUGACUACGGGCAUGAACUGUGCGAAGAUUGGACCUGUCAACCAGACCGCACUCACUGCCUGCCCUGGCUUCAGCUUGUACGGUGGACCAACUGCUCCUGUUGCCCCUGGUGCUAUCCAGUCGUAAGGACAGGUGAUGGUGUAUGAUGAUGAUAAAGUCAACAAAAAUUGUGUUUGUACGGAGGCAAGAGAGUUGUGGAUUCGUGUACAUAUUAGCAGGCGAGCGUGAACUCCUGAGCGCUUAAGUUAGAUUCGAAAAGAAUUGUCUU